AUGUGGACAGGAAGAGAUAGUGACGGGUCAGGACACCACCGAAACCCGGUUGGCUCUGGAACGGCUGAUGAAGGAAUAGAGCAGAUAGGAGAUGGCAAAGAAAAUAUUGAUAAAGGAGCAGAACACUAUGGAGGACCGGUUGGUAAAGGAAGAGAAAAGAGCAGUCACAAAUCAGAGCUACACGGAUGCCCAGUCAGUACGCUAAAGGAAAAUGACAGACAAGAGCAGUACGGAUGCGCAGUCAGUAAACAAAAAGGUAGUGACAUACAAGGGCAAUACGGGUGUCCAGUUGGUACGGAGUCAGGACAGCUCAGAGGCCUUGUCGGUAUUGAAAAAGGUGGUGAAAUAUCAGUGCAGAAAGGAUUCUCAGAUGCUACAGGAAGGAGUGAAGAGAGAUCAGGGAAGUUUGGAGGGCCGAUUGAUGCAGUAAGGAGUGGUGACAGACCAGGGCAGUCCGAAAGUGAGGUUAGAACAAGAAGUGUCGAUGAGAGAGCAAGACGGUUUGGAGGACCGGUUGGUUUUGGAUGGGCCGAUGAAAGAUCAGGGCAGAACGGAUAUCCAAUAGUUAUAAGAAAGAGCGAAGAGAGAUCAGGAAAGUAUGGAGGGCCGGUUGAUUCAAUAAGAGGCGGUGACAGACUGAGGCAGUGCGAAAGUCCGAUUAGUACAAGAAGUGUCGAUGAGAGAGCAAGACGGUUCGGAGGACCAGUUGGUUUUGGAAGGGGUGAUGAAAGAUCAGGGCAGAACGGAUACCCAAUAGUUAUAAGAAAGAGCGAAGAGAGAUCAGGAAAGUAUGGAGGGCCGGUUGAUUCAGUAAGAGGCGGUGACAGACCGAGGCAGUCCGAAAGUCCGGUUACUGCAAGAAGUGUCGAUGAGAGAGCAAAACAGUUUGGAGAAUCGGUUGGUUUUCGAUUCGGAGCUCAGCAGCGCAGAGAUGGAUCGGCAGGGCUCGAUUAUGGCGGGAGCAGAAGUGCAGGUGGAGCUGGAGGUGGGAGGGCAUGCGCAGAGGCCUUUAUAUGUUGA